AAGAACUUGCCUCCUAACUCACUUCAGUACAUGAGGUUGGUACAUCUCUAAAGUAGUGUGAUGCUUACUUCUUAUGAGUUGUUUUAUAACAUAAUGUGCCUUGUCCAUGAUGAGCUACACUCCUAUAUUCUGAAGUAUAAGACAGCUGACAAACCUCUAAAAGGUUCAGCUGGGUGGCCAAGAGACUGUUUUGACUCCUACUACAUCUGAAUGCUACAGGUUCAUCGAGGCAAGUUGUUUAUCUAUUGUCCAAUCUACAACUGCGCCAGCUGCAUGUUCACAGGUACUGUCACAGCUUCGCAGUACUGGGUCUGGGUGACUCGUCAUACAUCAGCUUCAACUGGGUGGCCAAGAGACUGUGUUGACUCCUACUACAUCUGAAUGCUACAGGUUCAUCGGGGCAAGUUGUUUAUCUAUUGUCCAAUCUACAACUGCGCCAGCUGCAUGUUCACAGGUACUGUCACAGGUUCGCAGUACUGGGUCUGGGUGACUCGUCAUACAUCAGCUUCAACUGGGUGGCCAAGAGACUGUGUUUACUCCUACUACAUCUGAAUGCUACAGGUUCAUCGGGGCAAGUUGUUUAUCUAUUGUCCAAUCUACAACUGCGCCAGCUGCAUGUUCACAGGUACUGUCACAGGUUUGCAGUACUGGGUCUGGGUGACUCGUCAUACAUCAGCUUCAACUGGGUGGUCAAGAGACUGUUUUGACUCCUACUACAUCUGAAUGCUACAGGUUCAUCGGGGCAAGUUGUUUAUCUAUUGUCCAAUCUACAACUGCGCCAGCUGCAUGUUCACAGGUACUGUCACAUGUUUGCAGUACUGGGUCUGGGUGACUCGUCAUACAUCAGCUUCAACUGGGUGGCCAAGAGACUUUUUUGACUCCUACUACAUCUGAAUGCUACAGGUUCAUCGGGGCAAGUUGUUUAUCUAUUGUCCAAUCUACAUCUGCGCCAGCUGCUUGUUCACAGGUACUGUCACUGGUUUGCAGUACUGGGUCUGGGUGACUCGUCAUACAUCAUCUUCAACUGGGUGGCUAAGAGACUGUUUUGACUCCUACUACAUCUGAAUGCUACAGGUUCAUCGGGGCAAGUUGUUUAUCUAUUGUCCAAUCUACAACUGCGCCAGCUGCAUGUUCACAGGUACUGUCACAGGUUCGCAGUACUGGGUCUGGGUGACUCGUCAUACAUCAGCUUCAACUGGGUGGCCAAGAGACUGUGUUGACUCCUACUACAUCUGAAUGCUACAGGUUCAUCGGGGCAAGUUGUUUAUCUAUUGUCCAAUCUACAACUGCGCCAGCUGCAUGUUCACAGGUACUGUCACAGGUUCGCAGUACUGGGUCUGGGUGACUCGUCAUACAUCAGCUUCAACUGGGUGGCCAAGAGACUGUGUUGACUCCUACUACAUCUGAAUGCUACAGGUUCAUCGGGGCAAGUUGUUUAUCUAUUGUCCAAUCUACAACUGCGCCAGCUGCAUGUUCACAGGUACUGUCACAGGUUCGCAGUACUGGGUCUGGGUGACUCGUCAUACAUCAGCUUCAACUGGGUGGCCAAGAGACUGUGUUGACUCCUACUACAUCUGAAUGCUACAGGUUCAUCGGGGCAAGUUGUUUAUCUAUUGUCCAAUCUACAACUGCGCCAGCUGCAUGUUCACAGGUACUGUCACAGGUUCGCAGUACUGGGUCUGGGUGACUCGUCAUACAUCAGCUUCAACUGGGUGGCCAAGAGACUGUGUUGACUCCUACUACAUCUGAAUGCUACAGGUUCAUCGGGGCAAGUUGUUUAUCUAUUGUCCAAUCUACAACUGCGCCAGCUGCAUGUUCACAGGUACUGUCACUGGUUCGCAGUACUGGGUCUGGGUGACUCGUCAUACAUCAGCUUCAACUGGGUGGCCAAGAGACUGUGUUGACUCCUACUACAUCUGAAUGCUACAGGUUCAUCGGGGCAAGUUGUUUAUCUACUUCCCAAACUACAACUGCGCCGGCUGCAUGUUCAUUGGUACUGUCGCAAGUAUGAAGUGCUGGGUCUGGAUGACUCAUCAUACACUUUGAAUAUAUAUACUGUAUAGAAGUCGCCAGCCCAGGUUAAACUUUCUAAUACGGUUUGAGGUAGUUGGUUAAUUCACCGCCGCAAUCGCCACCAUCUCUAGGGCAUCGACUUGUGGUGGUCCCUAGCGGACAAGUGUCGAACUCCUCAAACACCCCUUCCCCACCCUCCCUCAAACACGCGUUGUCCUCCAUCCACCCUCUACCCCACCUCUCAUCCCUACAGUUUUGUGACGCACAAACUCCCGUUGAACGACCUUGAGCUGCAGUGAAUGUUUCGCCAGGGCGAGCAUUUCACAGUUCCUUCCUCAGAUUUUGGUUUCGGGUGCGAUGCGGUUGCGUGUAUUCGUUCUUAGUUUUCGAGGAACGAUGGCAAAUUUCAGAAUGGGCAAGAAAUGUGAUUACACUGGUUGUUUUAAUACGAGAAACAGUACCACGGGUAUAUCUAUGUUCAGUUUCCCAUUGAAAGACAAGGAUGGUAAUUUUUUUAAUUACUAGGUGUAGUUCAAGGACCAAGAGGUUGUGAUUAUGAAAGUAAAAUAGGUUCGCUCAAUGAUUAAAAUGGUUUGGUUUUACUACGACACACGUGCUUCCGUGAGGUUAUUGUCUAAGCAUAUGCAAAAAUUUCUUUGGUUUUAGUUUCAUCGUCAAGUAGGAAAGGAAAAAAAAGGGGGGGGGGGAGUUUGGCUAUUAUUAUUAUAUCUAUAGCUUUAUGGUAACCAAACAGAGAAAAUAACCCACAGAUUAAUUGUAAUUCUGAGGUUAAGUUUACAUAAACAUUGUUUCAAUUUAAAAUAAGAGUCGUAAGUGUUUUUAAACUCUAAUUAUCACUGAGAUGUGAUUGUUGUUGAACAGUUUAUAUUUUCCCCCUCAUUAACUGGGUUUGUGAUUCGUAGCCCUAUAUUAUUCUUAAAAGUUAAUAGCUAUGACGUCCGUUAUUGAAAUAUGUAGUUGUCAGUAUAAUGAGUGCCUGGUUCAGACUUUAUCCUUUAUCAUUGAUUUUAUAUUUUACUAGCUGACCCGGCAGACUUUGUACUUUUUAAUUAAAUUGCAAUAAAGUCCUGUCAAAAUGAUUUGUAAUGUGACAUUUUUUUGUUUCUACAUAUAUUAUAGUCGGGGCAAAAAAUUCUCCUGAACAGAACCGUCACCUUGGUGAUAGGGCGUUGUGAAUAAGAAAUAUAAUUAAAUAAAACAUAUAUAAGCAUUUAAAAAUAAGUAAUCUAUUUAUUGUUAAUCAUGUGAAACAUAAGUUUUAUUUUCAUUUUAGUGCUUUGUGAUAUACGAUGUUGUUUGUUUGAUUAUCUGAUGGUUUUCCAACACGGGAACAGGCAACAUCAUACAAUUGGCCAUGUGAGAAACAUGGGUUUUCCAGAUUAAUACCACAAACACUUAAUGAUUGCCCCUGGGACUUGUUUAUGGUCAUAGCAAAAGCAAGCCGAACUGGAAACUGUAGUCGUUUAAAGUCAAACGGCACAUCAUUCGGAAUCAUUGAGAUGCGAGGUAUGAGAACGUCCUCUCCUUUAUAUUUUCCUUUCAGUAUAGUUGCUUCUAUCACGUUGUUUAGUAAUUUUUUUAUUGCUAACCGUGUGCCGUUGCAAAGACACGGUUGGUUGAUAUUUCGCAACAUUAUAACAACCGAUCCAACCUUUAAUUGAAGAUUGUGAGGUGGCAAUCCUGGCAAAUCCAGCGAGUUUAAAAAUUCUGGUGGAUAUCAGCUUCGUUUUUAUAUUUCAAUGCCUUACAAUGUGAGCAAACCGAGUUCAUGGAACCAAUAACAACACAUUGGUAGUUACUGUAGUCAAUUGACACAUCGUACCUGAAAGCAGCUCGAUUCAAACUUGCGCGAUUAUUAGUUGAAUGUCACGCUUGCGCUUCACGCGUCUGUGAUAUCCGAAUUCUUUCACGUUCAUUUCGGCCGUUAUGUUCUUGUGCAGCAUGAUUAGAUCGGUAAUUAGCUUGGUUUGUAGCAUUUCGGGUUCUUUUACCUAAAUUUCUUCGUCUAAUAGGAGGCAUAUAUAUAUAUUAUAGAUUAUUUUGUCAUAUGCAUGCAAUGAUUAGCGAUCAUAGGUAAAUAAACACUGCACAAAAUACUAUAUAGGUUAAGAAUUUGUUUCGUGUAUCAGUUGACAAAAGCAAACUCAUUAGGGUAGGUAACCUAAAAUCCAAGAAAAAAAAAACACUGACAUUGACAGUUUGUUGUUGUUUCAAUUUUUUUUUAAUUUGAUAUGACUUGGAGUCAAAUCCUUCAAGCCGUAUUUAAAAUAGGGAAAUGAAAUAAUAAAAACUUAAACUUAUGAAACACUUUUGGUGACGCUGGUUUUGUUGGACUGAUGUAAUGACUUGAAAACUGAUGCAUUUUAAAGUAAAACAAAUGAAAUAAUAUCGCGAAGUCGACCAAAUUGAACUAUUCUAUUUUGUUUUUUUGUUUUUUUUUUUUUAUCUGUGCUCCAACACACACUGUUUUGAUAGAUAUGAUUGAACUUUGUACAGAGGUAAUAAAGUGCAAAUUUACUCUUUGACGUUAGGAACACACCUACAUUGUUUAAACAACAAUGAGUUCUCGUUUUAGUUAGAAAACGUUUGUAUGGGAAAAAGAAAAGGGCUGGUUUUAGGGUUUUUCCGGCAAUUAUUCGAAUUUUUCUCGCGGUAAAAACCAUCUUUGAACUUCAACGAACAUUUAAAAAAAAAAUUGGCCAAAUUGGUCCAGGCGUUGUUGAGUUAUGCGCUUACCAACACAUUUUGCGAUUCAUUUUUAUAUUAUAGAUUCAUUCACAUUUCAUUUCCCGGUCCUUUUAACAGAGUUAACUGAGGUGAUCGCUUAUUUGUCUCAUGCAUGAUAUUUUUGCCGGUGCAGUGUGUAUUUUGCAUAACUUUCUUACACAUCGAAAUAUUGUGUGUAUAUGACAAACAACAGGGUGGUUAUUAAAUCGAUGCGUUUAUAAGCUAAUAACAAUACCUACCAUAUGGUUAGUUAAUGUUAACUUUAAAUAGAAUAAUGCCCUAAAAGUUUUGAAACUAUUUUUUUUUUCGAAAGUAGAUUACAAUAUUCCUUUCCUAUCAUUCGGAAUAAUUUCACAUGAUUUUUUUUAAAAAAAAUCUAAAUAUUAGUUUCAUUGCUUAGCGUAAAACACUAGCUUGAAAAGAUAGUAAUAAAUAACUUUAACGGUUUAUUAAAAUUCCGAAGAAUAUCAAUGGAGGUUGCUUUUAGCUUAUAAUUCACUGCCAAGAUUAUGAUAGGUGAAAAUAUCAAUCCCUGCAUGCUGACGCUACAGUUAAUUGCUUAAAUUGGUAAAUAGAACAUUUUUUUCUCUUGAAAAAAGAAAGCCCUCAAGAAAUUUAGCCUUUGAAACCGUUAAAACUUUAUGGUUUACUAAACUUCAUAGGGGUAUAAUGUGAACAACUGAUUUACUCGAGCAAUAAUUUAUUAGAGAAAAGUAAUACUUUCUGUGAUUUCACAAGAAAAUUUUUAACAUAUUUUAUUCUCGUUCACCUCCACGUGAAGUGUGUUAUUAUAUUGAGGAAAUUAAAUUCUUGCAAAACAAAACAAAACGACUCUUGUAGACACAACUGUUAUAAGUUGCGCAUGAUGACCCUGCCGUAUGGUGUAUGUAAAUUUUUACAAUGUAAUUUACGUCAAAUAACGCAAAUUAAAUAAUAUGUGACGCUGAAAUUCAUGAUUAGGUAUAAAGAUGAAACAAUAAAAUUCUACCUUCAACGGUACACAUGUAAGAAACACAAAGGUUUAUGCGACACUCAAGUUUAACGAACACUUAAGUGUGUGCCCUAUCCAACAUGAAAAUAUAAAAUAUUGUUCGGAGUUUUUCCCAUUACGUUGACAUACCUUCAAAUUUACCAAUACAUAAAAACACUUAACAGUUAUGAUAAUUACGUUAGGACCAUAGUAAAAAUGGAAAAUGAUUGUGCUAAUGUUGCAUUUUAGGAUUUUUAUUAUUAACAAUAAUAAAUUGAAAGUAUUUACAUUAUUAGUGUAAAUGAAAUGAUAACAAUGGCGUGGUUCAAAUAUCAACACAAAUAGGUUUUUUCCCCCUUAUUUCGUUUGGCGCAUCAAUAUAUGUGUUUUUCAAUACCAAAAUCUUGCAAACGUGUAAAUGUGUAAUUAUUUUCGUUUUAAUAAUAUGUGAUUAUUUUCAUAACCUACUGAAAGAAUUUCAUCACAACCUAGUAAUACACUACGCAUAAGUAAUAUUUAAUCUUGAAUGUUGAGACAGAAUAAUAUUUUUAGCUGUAAUUUACUUCAAUGUACGCAUAUUUUAAUAUACGUAUUACUUGAUAAGGUUAUUUUAAUAAUGACAUAGUAGUUACACUGUGGUUACUGAUAUUGAUUGAUAAAAACAGGUUCUAAUGACAUUUUUUUUAAGAUGUCUUGAAUGGAUUUUGAAAAGUGGUAACGACAAACUUCUGGAACUAUCAGACAACAAACUUAGAAACCGUGUGAUAUGCGCUGAUCAUUUUGAAGUGAACCAAUUAAAAAAUGAACUUAAGAAGUCAUGAAAUUAUUUUGUCGUUCCUCGAAUGUUCACACCAUGCAAAUCCCCGCCACUAACUGAACAAAGCUUCAACACAGAGGAGACUGCUUCCAGUCCUUGUUCUUUGACACUCCAUUAUGAACAUAUUUCAGAAGCUGACCCCCAAAUAAAUCAGUCACAUGAUAAAUCUCAGACAAAUGUGAAAGAAAAUAGUAAACUGAAAAAACUUAAACACCAAUAAUAUAUAUGAUGACGCUACAUGAGUGAACCAUUGUUUUUCAACUAAAUAUAUUUGAAUAAGUAGUACGUGUGCGUGGUGGUUUGCAAUAUGUUCUACGCUUGCGUUGACAUGUAAUAUCUUAAUUUUUCUGAUAGUGGUUUUCUUCAAAUAUGACAAAUUACAGCUGCUAAAUCACUCAUUCGCAGUAUUAUUAGUUGUUACUGUAAUUAUUGGACAUAGUAAUAGGGAUGACCCAUUUGUUCAUAACAACGAAAAUAAUAACGUACGGUAAGAUGUUUGGAGAUUCACGUGUCAUAAAAAAUAGUUCGUACGAAACUUUAGAGUUCACGUGAUUCGCGGCGAUUUUGUUUUGAUAUUCACCGUGUGUUUUUGCUAUAAACACCACAAAAUCCCAACUAGUAUAUAUUUUAUUUACCAUGCACUAUUUAUUGUGUCAAUAACACCCACAAACGUUUUCAUGUAUCAACGAAAUACCAAAAAUAAAUAAACACCAGUUUCCCAUCAUACCAUAGACAGGCAUGCUAAUUUAUAUUGUUUACACCAGAUCAGGCGAGAAAAUCAAAUAACAAUUAAAUAACACAAAUUCGCCGCAGGCGAAUCACGUCAGUAACUACGUCAUAUUCUCGGCCAGCACGAAACGGGAAGUGACAACCGAAGUCACACGCCAAAGGUUGUAUAACUGUUGUCACGAACUGCCAUAUACAUUAUACACCUUACACUAAAGGGAAAAAGAAAUAACUUCCUACUUCACAUCUAUGCUAGCAUAUUUAAUAGUUCCGAAAUCUGCUACAUGGGCUGAAAGAGUAAAAAUGUACAAAUGUACAAUGAAAAAAUGUAAACAAACAGUCAGCUUGCUGACUUCCGCUAUUGACCGAAUUGUGAUGUUACAUAUUGUUCCCUAGCACCGUAGAAUUUUAUCUCGAUGGUCAAAGCUUGGCGCGUGGAGCGACCGUCCCGUAGGUGUGUUUUCAAAUACUUUAUAAUGGUAUGUUAUUUCCGUACAGUGUGCGGGGUAGAAACCUGCAGAUGUUUGUAAGGCAGCCGGAAAGGAGGGAAUCAGGGGAAUGAACAAACCGGUUUUGUCGCUGACGCUUGUGCUGGGGGGGGGGGGGGGGAAUGACAGCGGUGACAGUGCUGCGCUCUAACGUGCAAAUAACAACCUAAGACGAUACAAGGCGUUACGGCAGCGCACUGCAGCGGCGAAGUUCCCAAGCUGCUCAUAUUACGCUCUUGAAAAACGUAGAGUAAAUCCUAUCCGCUCGCGACUUCUAUACAGUAUAUAUAUUCAAAGUCAUACAUCAGCUUCAACUGGGUGGCCAAGAGACUAGUUAAGGCUGCUACUGCAUCAGUGUGAUGCAGGUUCAGCUGAGCAAGGUUUGCAGUGUUGGGUCUGGGUGACUCGUCGUAUGCCCGGUUCAACUGGGUGGCCAAGAGACUGUGGCGACGCCUGCUGCAACUGGGUGCUCGUCCAGUAGUGGGUGUCGGUCUGGCGGAUGACCAACACGACCUGGGAGCUGAUGCCCUUGUGGAAACUUGGCUGCGCGACCUGUGGCGAGCACUGGACCACCCUCAUUCUGACAAAACUAUCUCUUUCUGCCCGCCUCGGACUGUUUUAUGUCUCCCUCCAUCUCCAGGCUGCAGAAGGCUCUGCCGAUCCACCGCAGUAUCACCGCCACGUUUGCUGUGGCUUCCACGACUGCAGUAUAAUCUGGGAUGACUUUGCUCAGAUGUGGAAUGUGACAGUUCUUCCGCCAGGAGCUGCUUCAGAGACAGCGUCGUGGGGUGACGGAUACUCCUCUGUGUCGGUCAUCGAUAACACGCGAACAACUUCGCCGUUACACUUCCAGGAUGUGCAUCUCAUCAGGCUGCAAGCUGCGCAGCUGUGCUAUGAGCCGGGAGACGUGCUGAUGGUGCGGCCGUGCAACCUGCCUGCAAGCGUGGACUGGCUGCUUGGCCUGUUGACGGCCAACAGGACUGCGGAGCUGCAGCCGGAGAGCGCUGUUCGACUGGAGCCAGGCUGUGCCAACGUUCCAGUACCUGGCUUCCUGGCACAGCCCGUGACACUGCAACAGUGCGCACAGCAGUACUGGGACCUUAGUGGAGUACCCCAGCGCUACGUGUUCCACCUGCUGGCUCGGUUCACAAGCAGCCAGCUGGAGCGAGAGAAGUGUUUGGAGUUUUGCUCAGCAGAAGGUCUAGACGAACUGUACAACUACUGCCAUCGACCCCGUCGCACUGUGCUCGAAGUGUUGGCAGACUUCCCCCACGCUACGCCCAACAUUCCCAUACAGUAUUGGUUCGAGCUGCUACGACCCAUCAGGCCGCGGCCAUUCUCCAUAGCAUCUUCUCCUUUGGCCCACAAAGGGGAAGUACACGUAUUGGUGGCUGUGGUUAAGUACUACACUCAGCUGGUCGCUCCUCGGCUAGGACUGUGUUCCAACUGGCUGGCAGCGCUCGGAGCAGGCGACAGUGUGCCUGUCAGCAUCUGCAGGGGCUCACUGCGCUUCCCUACUGCUCAGCUAUGCUUGCAGGACACUCCCGUGAUCAUGAUCGGGCCGGGCACCGGAGUCGCACCAUUCCGCAGCUUCGUGCAGGAGUGUGCGGCACGGGGCACUGCUAGUUGCGACCAGCUGUACCUCUUCUUCGGCUGCCGUAGCGAGAGAGCAGACUUCCACUUUCAGGGCGAGUGGCUGGAGCUACGGAACAAGCGCCAGCUGUGCUUGUUCUGUGCCUUCUCCAGGGACCAGGAACAUAAAGUGUACGUGCAACACGUGAUGGAGAAGGAAGCGGCAUUGCUGUGGGACUUGAUAGAGCUACAAGGGGGCAGUGUGUUGCUCGCCGGGAGCUCCAAGAACAUGCCUGGAGGAGUGAGGGAGGCCCUGAUCAGCGCAGUGUUUCAGCAGCAAGGAGGCCUCUCCAGACAGCAGGCGGAGCAGCUUCUUAUUUCACUGGAGAAAUGUGCCAGGUUCCAGAGCGAGACUUGGUCCUGACGAGUCUAGCACUGAUUUUAGAACCUGGGAUGUGGGUGCAGUAUUUGGCUCAAACCCACAGGCUCUCCACGCCCUUAAAUGUGUUCAGCUGAUUUAGAUAUUAGUAACAUGUAACUGACUAAAUUGUCUCUUAGUGCAGUGUUUUGUGGAACAAGUCUUCUGUUUAAUCAGGGUAUUUUACUGGUUUGUUAAAAUAAAAUUUAGUGACUUUUUC